AUGAAGUUUGGUGAACACUUAAGUAAAUCUUUAAUCAGACAAUAUAGUUACUACUAUAUUGCUUAUGACGAUCUAAAAAAUGAUCUAGAAGAUAAUUUGCAUAAAAAUAACGAUCAGUGGAACCAAGAUUUAGAGACUACCUUCCUAGAAAAUUUAGAGAUCGAAUUAGAUAAAGUUUACUCCUUUUGUAAAGUUAAAAACAGUGAAGUCACACGUCGUGUGAAAGACGUCCAACAAGAGGUACAACGUACUGUAUCUCGACUAGAUUCAAAUAAUCCACCGACUGAACUCGAUUUUGAAAUUUUGGAAGAAGAGUUAAGUGACAUUAUUGCUGAUGUCCAUGAUUUAGCUAAGUUUUCCAGACUAAACUAUACUGGGUUCCAAAAGAUUAUCAAAAAGCAUGACAAAAAAACAGGGUUUAUCUUAAAACCUAUCUUUCAAGUUAGAUUAGAUUCAAAACCCUUCUUUAAAGAAAACUAUGACGAAUUAGUAGUCAAGAUUUCACAGUUAUAUGAUAUUGUUAGAACUAGUGGCCGCCCAGUUAAAGGUGAUUCUGCAGCAGGCGGGAAACAGCAAAAUUUCGUUAGGCAGACUACCAAAUAUUGGGUUCAUCCAGACAACAUAACUGAAUUGAAAUUAAUUAUUUUGAAACAUUUACCUGUCUUAGUGUUCAAUACAAACAAAGAAUUCGAAAAAGAAGAUUCUGCAAUCUCAUCCAUUUACUAUGAUAAUGAAGAUUUGGACCUUUAUUAUGGUCGGAUAAGAAAGGAUGAAGGCGCUGAAGCUCAUAGAUUAAGAUGGUAUGGUGGUAUGGAGACUGACACAAUCUUUGUUGAAAGAAAGACUCAUAGAGAAGAUUGGACAGGUGAAAAAUCCGUUAAAGCUAGAUUUCCAUUAAAGGAACGCUAUGUAAACGAUUUCUUGAAAGGGAAAUAUACUGUUGAACAAGUUUUUAGUAAAAUGCGUAAAGAGGGUAAAAAAUCCAUUCAAGAGAUUGAAAGUUUAGAAGCCUUAGCAACUGAAGUUCAAUAUGUUAUGUUGAAGAAAAAAUUACGGCCUGUGGUUAGAUCCUUUUACAAUAGAACAGCCUUCCAAUUGCCUGGUGAUGCAAGAGUACGUAUAUCAUUAGACACUGAAUUAACUCUGAUCAGGGAAGAUAAUUUUGAUGGUAUAGAUAGAACACAUGGUAAUUGGAGAAGAACAGAUAUUGGAAUUGACUGGCCAUUUAAACAGCUACCAGCUAAAGAUAUUUGUAGAUUUCCAUAUGCUGUCUUAGAAGUCAAAUUACAAACGCAAUUAGGUCAAGAGCCACCAGAAUGGGUAAGAGAAUUAGUAGGAUCUCAUUUAGUAGAACCAGUUCCAAAAUUCUCCAAAUUUAUUCAUGGUGUCGCUACUCUGUUGUAUGAUAAGGUGGAUUCUAUCCCAUUUUGGCUACCACAGAUGGAUGUAGACAUCAGAAAACCCCCUAUUCAAACUCAGAUUGACAUCACUAGACCUGUAAGAGAAGAGGAUAACGAAGAUGAAGCAGAAGACGAAGAACAAGAAGAUGGAAGUGAUAUUAACGAUGAUGAAUCCGAUGAUGCGUUAAUCGCUGCAAUGAUGGAUGCUCCGGGAAAUUCACUAGAUAUAGAAGAAGGUGGAUAUGGAUCCAUAACUAGAGAUGAGACUUCACAAUUAGAUCCAAAUUCAAGAAGUGUUAACGCCGCAUAUUACGAGAGAAAGAUACGGAGUGCAUCUAAUACAUUAAGUAAGAAAUAUUAUCAGAUUAUGAGAUCUAUAGAUCAUUAUUUCAAUGGGGAUCAAGUUUUCAAAGUACCCAAAGGUACUGUUUUCGAUACUGAGGUGAAAGCUCCUGAUGGAAAGACUAUCUGUGUUCCAGUCCGUGUGGAACCAAAAGUAUAUUUCGCUACAGAAAGAACUUUCUUAUCUUGGAUGUCUAUUGCUAUUUUACUUGGUAGUGUAUCAACCACCUUAGUUACAUAUGGAUCUCCAACAACAAUGAUUGCCUCAAUUGGAUUCUUUAUUACUGCUCUAGUAGUCAUUAUUCGUUCUACUAUUGUAUAUGCCUCCAGAGUAGUCAAUAUUAGACAGAAGAAGGCUAUCGAUUAUGAAGAUAAGCUAGGACCCCAAUUAGUGUCAAUCUGCUUAAUAUUAUCUAUUCUUUUUAGUUAUUUCUGUAAUUAUUAG